CUUAGAGUCGGAAGGCACAGUGAUCACCAUCAAGAGCAGAAGUUCGUUGGAUUUAUUUAAUUUUUGACAAGUUUAACAGGAAGCCAAAAAUAGCGACAAUACACGAGAAAAAAAAAAAAAAACAAUCACAUGAGGCAAAACAUUGUGCAGAAAAUAGAAAAUAUUGAAAAGUUUUUGUUGUGAAACGCGUCGCGUCUGUUAAUUGUUGGCUGCGUAUUCAUUUUUUCUCCGAUUUACGCAAAUUGUCAAACGCAAAAGCAAUUUUCAUGUCUUGCCAAAAAUUUCCCAGCGUCCAGGCCAACGGAGUAAACAGUUGUCGUUGCGUUCGACUCGUGGCAAUGUCAACACUCUAACACAACUCAAACAAUAAAUCUAGCAAAUCUAUUAAAAAAUAAUAUUAUAACAAAAGAAAAAAGAAACAAAUCUAUUUUAAAGUAUAUCGAAUCGAUUGUAGUGAAAAAAAAACUAACUUAGAAGGGAAAAACGAGAAAGAAGUAUAUAAAAACGAGAACAUUUGUUAUCAUUGUACCUUCAAUUGCAUGGGUAAAGUUAUGAGAGUGAAUUCACUGCCGCCGCCCACCCAAAAGUGCCACGCCCACGCUCGUUCCAAGGAACAACAACAGAAACAAUUGAAGUUUAAGAAAAUCGAAAUCUAUUUUAUGUUUAACAAUUUGUGCAAGAGAAAAACUUUAACGGAUUACAAUUUAUUGACACUAAAACAUAAAUCGGAAAGUGAGUAAAACACAAAAAAAUAAUCAGUGCACGAUUAACAAAUAAAUCCAAAGAAUCAGUAAAAUAAAUUAAUAAAUAUAUCGCAUAAAAAGAACUGAAUAAAAGAGCGUGGGUGAAAUUGUGAGAAAUUUCAUAGAUUGAAGCUGAUUUAAUAAUUUGUGGGCAACAUGGUGGGCGUAACCGCCGAUUCAUCACAGGCAGCUCAGCUGUCAUCUGCCAAGAAUCCCAUGAUCAAGUACAUGCUGAAGCAGCGUGAGAAUCAUGCGAGGGAUCAGGAUGCGGACUAUUCGCAUGUGUUUCGUCGCAAGACACGUUUCGAGCUGUUUCGCCUCUCGGCCAUCGCGAUGGCCAUCGAGUUUGCCUAUGCGGCCGAGACGAGUUUUGUGUCGCCAAUUCUGCUGCAGAUUGGCAUCGACCACAAGCACAUGACCAUGGCCUGGGGACUGUCGCCACUGAUUGGUUUCUUUGUAUCGCCGCUGCUGGGCAGCAUCAGUGAUCGCUGUAAACUGCGCUGGGGCCGACGACGUCCAAUCAUCUCGCUGCUCUCGCUGGGAAUACUGUGUGGCCUUGUCCUCGUUCCCUACGGCAAAGAUUUGGGCGUUUGGCUUGGUGAUGUGGGCUACAACUAUACGAGCCAAGAGCAUGGCUUAGAUACAACACCGAGUGUUGUACCGGAGGAGGAGGAGGGAGCAUGGCCAGUGAAUUUCAAAUUUGCUGCAAUUUUAACCAUACUGGGCAUGGUGCUAUUGGACUUUGAUGCGGACACCUGCCAGACACCUGCUCGCACCUAUUUGCUGGACAUGUGUGUGCCCGAGGAGCAACCGAAGGCGCUCACCAUGUUUACACUAUUCGCUGGCUUUGGUGGCACUAUUGGUUACGCCAUUGGCGGCAUCGAUUGGGAGACAACGCAUAUUGGCGCCUUUCUCGGUGGCAAUAUACCAACGGUGUUUAGUCUGGUGACAAUUAUAUUUGUGGUCUGUUACUUGAUUACGGUGACGACUUUCCGUGAGAUUCCACUGCAGCUCAUCGAAAACGAUGAGUUGUUGCGCCCACUCUCCGAGGCAGCCAUCAAGAAGGAGCUGAAGAAGAACAACAAUGCAAUUUAUUACAUACAGGAAAUGCAAAUAGCCGACGAUCUGAAGGCAGCCAACAAUGCCAUGCAGAGCUAUCAGAAUAGCUACUUGCCUUCGAUUACAGCCAAGUCGAAGCUACAGGAUGUGGAAACGCAGUCGGAAGCCGAGCCGCCAGUUUCAUUGAGCGCUUAUCUCAAGAGCAUCUUCAUCAUGCCGUAUUCGAUGCGUAUGCUGGCGUUGACCAAUCUCUUUUGCUGGAUGGGACAUGUCACCUAUUGCCUGUACUUCACCGACUUUGUAGGCGAGGCAGUGUUCCAUGGCAAUCCCACGGCGCCACCGAACUCGCCGGCAUUGUUGCUGUAUGAGGAGGGCGUUCGCUUUGGUUGCUGGGGCAUGUCCAUCUAUGCCUUCUCCUGUUCCAUUUACUCGCUGUCUGUGACCAAGCUGAUGAAGUGGUUUGGCACCAAGGCAGUUUAUAUUAGCGGCAUGAUUUACUAUGGCGUUGGCAUGCUCAUACUCGGUCUGUGGCCCACCAAGUGGGGUGUAUUAGUUUUCAGCACUUCGGCUGGCAUACUCUAUGGCACACUGUUUACCAUGCCAUUUAUUCUGGUGGCCAAUUAUCACGCUAAGAAUUGUUUCAGCGUACGUAAUGGCGAGACGGUGCCUUUGAAGCAGGCUCGUGGCCUGGGCACCGAUGUUGCCAUCAUCAGCAGCAUGGUCUUUAUUGCCCAACUGAUUGUCUCGGUCAGCGUUGGUCCUUUGGUUGCCUGGAUGGAGACAACGUGCGCAAUACUUUAUGCGUCGACAUUCUUGUCCUUCACCGCGGCCAUUGCUGCCAUGUUCGUACUGUAUGUCUAAAAGUAUUGAAUUUAUAACAGUUUAAAUCGUAAUUAUGAAUUUCGUUUAAUUGCCAAAACAAAGCAGCGCUGCGUCGUUGAUAAAAUAAUUGCCUACUUUUAGGCAGCUCUAUAUAAACGUUAAUGUAUUCAAAUAAAAUUAUGUAGCAUACUUUUAGGUGCGC